UUUUUAGAAAUAAAAAAUUAUGAUUUAAAAUCCAACUUUUCAAAAUGGAAAAGUUUAAUAUCUUAAAAAUGGUAAGAUUUUUGCAUUAAUACAAUAAUAAAAAUAGUAUUUUAGCUAAUAUUAUUUGAAUCUGUUUGGAUUGAAAAUUAAUUGAGACAUCAAUUCAGAGAAAAUCAUUAGACUAGUCAAUUUAAAAUCUAUAUGAAUAGGGUAAAAAAUUUAAUUAAACCGUGUUAUCGAAUCGAAUUUUUAAUAAUUUAUUUAAUUAAAUUAAAUAAAUUGAUAUUUUUAUAAAUAAAUAACUUAAUUGUUGGAUUAUCUAUUUUGAAAACUUAAUUUUAGCAUCAUAAAAAUUAACAAUUCCAAAUCCAACAACAAAAAGAAAAAAAAAAGAAAGAAAGAGAAAUUAUAGCUUGGCUUCCGAUUAACACAGAUUUUGGUGUAGUGAAUGGUGGUGGAAGCGGCAAAAAGAAGGAAAGCGAAUUCACUUAUUGCAUCUACUACAAGAAAGACUCCUUCUCAGAAAAGUACGAAUACGGUGUCUUUGGUUUUGUUUUUGGAAUUCGCUAGACGCGGAUUUGGUGAAGAAGAAUCAGGAACAAAAAGAACAAAACGACACCAUUCACGCACCAUUGGUAACGUAAAAGAGCUUAAAAAGGCUGGGAUAUGGUUAGAAGCCAGCAAAACAAGUAAUUUAACCGACAUCAGUUUCAACCAUAUCUUCUUCUUUGGGAAAUUACAGUUACCGCCGAUCUCCGUUGAUGAUUCAACAAUGAACUUAAUAGCUUACGAAAUGUGUCCGGAUUUCGAGAACGAUUUCACCGUCACUUCAUAUAUGUGUUUCCUUGAUUUAUUGAUCGAUGAAGCCGAAGAUGUUAAAGACCUUAGAGACGCCGGCAUACUAUACAAUGGACUGGGGAGUGAUGAAGAAGUGGCUAAGCUUUUCAAUAAGAUGAACACUGAUUUGGUUCCUAGUCCGAUGAUUUACAGUGGGGUUAAAGAGAAAAUACAUAACCAUUGUAAGAAUAUGUGGAUUAAUCAUGCAGCUCAAGCUUAUCAUACUUAUUUUAGGAGUCCUUGGACCUUUUUGGCAUUUUUGGGUGCCUUUGCUGCACUUACUUUUACUGCCUUGCAGACUUAUUAUGCCAUGCAUCAACAAAACCAAGGCUCAUCUAACCACAAAAAUUAAAGGCUGGUCGAAGAGCCCUAAAAGAUUCAAGGCAUCAAGGCUUUGUAUAUUAUAAUUGUGUUUAAUUUAUUAUAAAUAUUGAAAGUUAAUAAAUUUUAUAUACAUUUUACUAAUGGUUUUUAAAUUUUUUAUAUACAAUUUAUAGCCUGAGUCCAUUUGUUUGACCAUGGAGGGUGAUGUAUCCUAAAUACUUGAAAUUUUCGUCUUGGAAGAAAGUUCUUCGAUUUAGCCGUGAAGGCAAAUUUAGUCUGUGAUUUAUCGAGCCAUAUGAGAUUACUGAAAGAAUCGGACUUGUUGCGUACUGAUUGGCUUUACCACCAGAACUAGAAAAGAUUCACAUUGUCUUUCAAGUGUCUAUGUUACGACGAUAUUGGUCAGAUCCUUCACAUGUUAUCUCUCCAAUAGAAGUUGGGAUUCAGCCUGACAUGACUUACAGUGAAGAACAAAUCAAAAUUCUGGCACGUGAGGUGAAAGAAUUGAGAAAUAAAAAGGUAGCUCUAGUAAAAGUUUUCUGGCAACAACAUGGAAUAGAAGAAGCUACCUGGGAAUCUAAAGAAACCAUGAGAAAGCAAUAUUUGAACCUCUUUACUGGUAAGAUUUUCGAGGACGAAAAUUUCUUAAGGGGGAGAGUUGUAAUAGCCCGUUUUCAGUAAAAUUAGAACAGUGGUUUCGAGACCACAAAUCCGAGUCCGAAAAGAAAAUUAUUUUAAUAUUAUUUCAUGGUCUGCAUUAUGAUAGAAA